GAGAAGGACUGUUGUAUCAUUGCAGCAAGCUAACCAGCAAAAUUGCUGUAUCGUAUUGCUGUCACACACUAAUAGCGUUAGCUAGCUGACUUAGCUACAAGAGAAUCCGUAAGGCAGCAGAACCCUCCCAGUCUAACCGUCAAUACCCAUCACCUCACAGCUACCCUUCUCUCUCUCUCUUCCCCCUCCCUCUCUCUUUCUCUUUCUCUCCCUCAGCAUGGGCAGUGUGUUGGCUGCCAGCUCACCCAACCCUCCCCCUGCAUCGGGCGGCAGUAGUCCGGGGGGAGCGGGGUUGGUGUCGGUACCCCCGGGGUUCACCAUGCCCCCGGUCUCUUCCAUCCCGUCCUCCACCACCGGUGCUAACGGUUCGGGUCAGCAGGGGGAGACGGAGAGCCCCCUUCCCAACCCCGGCACUUUUGAGGAGUGCCACCGGAAGUGCAAAGAGGUCUUCCCCAUGCAGAUGGAAGGGGUGAGGCUGGUGGUCAACAAAGGCCUGAGCAACCACUUCCAGGUAAAUCACACUGUGGCCCUCAGCACUCUGGGAGACUCCACCUACAGGUUUGGUGCCACCUACGUGGGCUCCAAACAGACUGGACCAGCUGAGUCGUUCCCGGUCCUGGUGGGGGACAUGGACAAUAGUGGUAGCCUGAACGCCCAGGUCAUUCACCAGCUCACCGAACGAGUGCGCUCCAAGAUAGCCUUCCAGACUCAGCAGCAGAAGUUUGUGAACUGGCAGUGUGACGCUGAAUUCCGGGGAGAGGACUUCACUGCCGCCUUAACCCUCGGCAACCCAGACGUCCUUGUCGGCUCUGGUAUAGUGGUGGCACACUACCUCCAGUCCAUCACCCCUUCUCUGGCCCUCGGGGGGGAGCUGGUGUACCACCGCAGGCCUGGGGAAGAGGGCGCCGUCAUGUCCCUGGCGGGCAGGUACACAGGCAGUAAUUACAUCGCCACACUGACUCUGGGAGGAGCAGGGGCCCAUGCUUCCUACUACCACAAAGCCAACGACCAGCUGCAGGUCGGGGUGGAGUUUGAGGCCAGCACUAGGAUGCAGGACACCAGCGUCUCCUUUGGCUACCAGCUGGACGUCCCCAAGGCCAACCUGCUCUUCAAAGGCUCCCUGGACAGUAACUGGGUGGUGGGGGCAACACUGGAGAAGAAACUGAUUCCUCUGCCCCUCUCCCUGGCCCUGUGCGCCUUCCUCAACCACCGCAAGAACAAGUUCCAGUGCGGCUUCGGCGUCACCAUCGGAUAGACGCCCAAGCCGCCGAGACUGACUGACGCUGAAACUGACACCCUGAAAGACUGACGGACGGACAUGCAGCAGGUGUGACAGACAAACGGAAGCUGUAACAUAGAGACCAACGUAACAUACUGUACAGAAGGUGGAGGAACACAUCGACACACAGACACGGUCCUUAGGAAACUAUCAAAUUGCAGCGCUUUUUUUUUUUUUUUUUUUUCGUUUGGCUUUU